UCAGAGGUCGGAGGUCGCCGAGGGAAGAUGGUGGCGCGCGAGCAGCUCCGCGUGGUUCGCUGCGGCGGCAGUUGGCUGAGCGGGAGCCGCGCGGUCUUUUCGGCCGAUUCGAAGUACCUUUUGUGUGCUUCUGGUGACUAUGUGAAAGUCUACAGUACAGCUACAGAAGAAUGUCUGCAUGUUCUCCAAGGUCACAGCAACAUAGUGACAGGAGUCCAGUUGAAUCCCCAAAACCAUCUACAGCUCUAUUCCUGGUCUCUAGAUGGCACUAUUAAACUCUGGGAUUUUAUGGAUGGCAUUCUCAUCAAGACCUUGGUGGUUGGGUUCAAACUCUUUGCAUUCUAUGCACUUGCGGGAUCUGAGAAUUCGUCAGGUCCAUUUCAGCUAGCUUCACUGAAAAUCCCCAAAACACCAGGUCAGGAAGUAGAAGCCAAUGAGCUGGAAUUGAUUUUGGAUGGUGUAAGCCAGUCACCCAAAUGUACAGCGCUUGGAAGAGAAGGUGAAUAUGUGGUAUCUGCUUACGGCAGUCACCUCGUCGUCUGUUUCUUCAGGAAGAAGAAGCUUUACAGAUGUUUGGGACUACCACCUCCCCCAUCCUCGAUCACUGGCUAUGCUGUUUUGGGGUGCAAUGGGAGUUUAGUCCAGGAAACCAUCUGGAGGGCCGACAGAUUGGCACCCGUCCUAAGAAUUAAUGUAAUAUGGCAACAGGCACACACAGUUUUGUUCGGUUUGAUAGGAACUAGCCUCCUGAGUGGUGGAAUCGAGUCUGUCCUAGUGCAGUGGCGAGAUGGGUCGGAUGCGAAGAAGGAAUUCUUGCCCCCGGUUGGGAUCCACAAUGAGCAGCACAUCUCCGUCUCUCCAGAUGGAGCCUUCCUUUGUACCUCGCAUGCAGAUAACAAAAUAAUCAUCAUACACAGCAACUUGAAGGUCUCCACAGUCAUUCAAGGGAUUGAGCAGAGUGACGUCAAGGCUGGCUUGAUGGUUGACCCUCGAACUAAAGCCUUGGUUCUGAACGGCAAACCAGGCCACCUGCAGUUCUAUUCACUGCAAAAUGACAAGCAGCUUUACAAUCUGGAUAUUGUGCAGCAGGAGUAUAUUCAUGAACACGGGCUGAACCAGAUUGAGUUAGUGAAGGCUGCUUUUGAUUCCGAAGGCAACUGGCUGGCUACUGUCGAACAGCGGCAAGGAAGCAGCAGCGACCUUGAAAUGUACAUGAAACUCUGGGCUUACGACGAGCAAAAGCAAAGCUUUACUCUGAACACAAGAAUAAACAUGCCGCAUGAGGAUUGUGUCACAGCUAUGUGUUUCCGUUGCACAGACGCAUCUGAAAAUAUAACCCCGACUUUGGUAACGGCUGGCAACGAUGGGCACUUCAAAGUCUGGAUGCUACUGAUUGACAAUGAUGGUGAAAAUCAAAGCAUAACUUGGGCCUGCGACUUCGUAGGAAGCUAUCACAACUAUCAAGCUACAAAUUGCUGUUUCUCCGAAGAUGGCUCUUUGCUUGCAGUCAGCUUUGACAAAAUAGUCACUGUGUGGGACUCGGAACUGUGGGAUCUCAAAUGUACUUUCUGCCAUCUUCCUGGGACUAUACGAAACUUGUGUUUUGGGAGGCAGAGUUGUUCAAAAUACCUUCUUGGCACCACCAACACUGGAUUUUUGUGCUGUUGGAACUUGCUGAGCUGUACAUUGGAAUGGAGUGCCCAAUUAAAUGUCAUUGUUCUGCAGCCAGAUUGUCUGUCUGAGAACAUCGUCGCGGUUUCAUCCCACUCGGCAUACUCAGAUGUAUUUGUAUUCAAACCCUGUGAGCCGCAGCCUUUGUGUAUCCACAGGAAGGUCUGCAGAGGCCAAGUCCGGUGUGCUGUCUUUGUUCCAAGAGAUCUCCCCGAGUCCAUUCAUUCAGAAAAAUACCAGUGGCUCAGCCAAUCUCAGUUUUACUUCUUGACUGAAACACUUGAAUUGAUGACAUUUAGCACAAAGAGCCCAGAAGAGAGACUUACACCUUCCAGCAGACAGCUGGCAGUUGAAGAGAGCUUCCCCAUGACUCCUUUUUACCUGCUACUGGGAAAGCACCAGCAACAGAAUAAAGAGGCUACAGAAACUGGGAGACUCCCUAUUCAGAAGAACUUUGCACAAGAAUCGCCUGCUGUCAAAGAACUUCUUCACACUCCAGCUCAUGUCUUACCGUCUGCCUCUUUCCUGUGCCCCAUUUUUAUCAACUCACUGCUGAUAUCCAAAGCCAAUAAAAGCACUACUGAAGUUGCCAAUGAAGUGGAAAUGGAAAGCGACAACAGCGAGAAUGAAUCGGAGGAGGAGGAGGACACGGAAGUUGCUAAAAUGGACUCAGAGGCACCACAGGCAACAGAUUGUUUGGAGGACAACAUUCCACCUAAAUUGUCAAAAGAACAAGAAAAAAAACUGCGCCAGUUAAGAAAAAUGGACUACAGCUGGGCAUCUGUUCUCUAGACACAUAGUAUUGUGGACUACAUGUAUUUAUAUUUCUUACCAAUAAUUCCACAAGAUGUCAUUCUUUCAAAUAAAGGACUGCAAUUUUCCAG